CCUCCAACUGCCAACUACUACUGUUGUAUUGUAUUGUACAAAGCGGUUUAUUAACAAUCUUCAACUAGCAAUUGGCAUUUGGCUUCGCACAACAUCCUCGGGUAAUAACCUUCGUACACCGUUGAUUCUCUUAGUCACUUCCGAGAGAGAGCGAGAUCUUCCACUCGGAGAAUCCCAACGCGCCAUGUCCACAAUCGCAUCUCCCCGGGAGCCGGCCGGCCCGUUCCCCCGGCGCGCAAACUCCUCCAUCAUCACGCCAACCUCCUCUUCCCGGCCGAGCCUCGACGUGCCCGCCUCCGCCUCCAGCUCACCCAACCUCAACGUGUCCUCCGCCAUGCCCGCCGGCACAUCUUCCCAGUCCAAACGCGCCACCCGCGCCGCCCUACGCGAGUACUACAACCUGCGCAACAACAACAACAAAUCAUCCACCCCAAUAGUGGAAGUAACCGACGACGGCGACCCCUCCGCCGCCUCCUCCUCCUCCUUCUCCUUCUCCCUCGCCACCUCCGACCCGGCCUCCUCCGAGCUCGACAGCCCGGACUUCGACGCGGGCGCCUACGUGUCCCGGCUCCUCGAGACGAGCACGCUCGCCGACCUGCUGCGGGCCUACACGCGCGUACUGUCCGAGAUGCGCGCGCUCGACGCCGAGAAGAAGGCGCUCGUCUACGACAACUACAGCAAGCUGAUCGCGGCGACCGAGACGAUCCGCCGCAUGCGCGCGACGCAGCAUCCGGACGUGCUCGCGGGCGGCGCGCUGGAGGGGGUCGUGGAGGGGAUCUACACGCAGGCGGUUGGGCUGAGGGAGGGGUUGCGGGAGAGUAUUUCUUCUGGUGGUGGGGAUGGUGAGCAGGCUCCUGAUAAUGAUGAUGAUGAUGACGGGGAGGAGGGGAGGAGGAGGAGGAGGAGGAGGAGGGAGAGGACGCGCCGGCUGGCGAAGGAGGUGCUGCUCGUUCCUGGACGUUUGAGAAGGUUGGUGGAGGAGGGUAGGGAAGAGGAGGCUAGGAGUGAGUGGGAACUGCCAAGGCGGUUGCUAGAGCGGUGGAGGGAGCUGGGGGUGGGAGGGGAGGACGUUGGGGCGCUGAUUGAGGAGGGGGAUGCUGUGCUGAAAGGGGUCGACGCGAAGGGAGGGGAUGCGGAGAAAAGCGAGGUUGCUAGUACGACGACCUGA